UAAGACGGGUUUGCUCCGUCUGCUGCUGUUCAAUUUGAGUUGUUUUUGUUGUGCAGUGAAAUAGAGGUUAUAUGGAAAUAUUUUGGAUUCUACAAUAUAGUAUUAAUAUUACAAAAAACUAACUUGGAUACCGUUAUCACUAAUAAUUUACGUAUCUCUACACUUGAAAAUGUAAAUUUUAAAUGAAUGUCUUGCAUUUCUGAGUAGUUGACCAUUUUUAUACCUUAGUAUAAAAACGGGAAAAUUUUAAGACAUCAUAUAAUUAUGCCAAAUGUGAAAACGUCGAAUUCUUAACUUUGAAAUACAAUAAUAUUCUAUAAAAAUAGUAUAUAACUUGGUCAUCAUAAUUUGUAAAGUUAGCAAUUCAGUAAAACAUUUUGAGUGAACGUAGCCUAAGGUAGAUUUCUCAUUUUAGUUGAUCCUCAUAUAUUUUAGAACAUGCCCUUGGAUAUAUUAAAUUAAAAAACUUGAAAUUUGUCAUUAACUUUGAAAUUUGUUGUUGUUAUAAUUCUAAAAACAUGACAACAAGGUUAUUAAGAUCAUUCUCACAGAAAUCUGGAUGUCGAGGACAUGUCUUGCUUGGUGGAGGAACAGGAUUCAUCGGGAGUGCCUUUAGUUACUUGCUAAAAAGUAAAGGAUAUGAAGUGACAAUAAUUUCGCGUAUGCCUGGACCUCAACGAAUGACAUGGUUCGAUAUCGAUGAGAACGGAAUUCCUGACAAUGUAACGGCCGUCGUGAAUUUGGCCGGGCAAAAUAUACUGGAUGCCAUGCAGCGGUGGACUCCUGGAUUUAAGCAGAACGUCAUCAAUAGCCGCGUUAAUACGACGCUCACAUUAGCCGCGGCUAUCAACAAAGCCCAACACAAGCCAAGUGCAUUUGUCACUAUUUCUGGGGUCGGAAUUUAUAAACCAAGUUCAACUGCUGAGUAUGAUGAAAAUUCAGAUUUGGGAAAACCGUUUGAUUUUCUUUCAAAAUUAGCACAUGACUGGGAAAGUGCGUCGACACUUCCAUCCGGAAAUGACGUCAGAAAUGUUGUAAUAAGAUCAGGUGUGGUACUAGGCAGGGGAGGUGGAAUGAUAAAGCAAAUGUUUCCGGCAUUCUUCUUUGGUGUCGGAGGACCUAUCGCCUCUGGAAAGCAGUAUUUGCCUUGGAUUCAUGUGAAAGAUAUGUGCAGGCUCUUACUAUUCUCGAUAGAAAACAAAAAUGCUACCGGAAUUUUGAAUGGAGUUGCGCCUCAGGUAGUAACAAACGAAGAGUUCACAGCUGCUUUUGCGAGCGCCAUGAUGAGACCUGCGUUCUUCCGCCUGCCCGAAUUCGUGCUCAACACAAUGUUCGGAAGUGAGCGUGCCAAGAUCAUGACCGAAGGUCAGAAAGUGAUUCCCAAGCGAGUGUUGGAACUGGGCUUCAAGUACGAAUACCCAGACAUCAAAUCGGCGUGUCAAGAAUGCUCCAGACUAUUCUAUUCAGCUGACAAACCACUGUAGCUGUAAUACUAGAUUUUAGGAAACGCUUAUAGUUUUAGAAUCAACUGGACUGAAAAUUUACUUUGUGAUUAACGAUUCUAUGUUGUAAGUGUUUGUAGUAACUUGUUAUGUGUGAAAUCUUUCACUUGUUUUCAUGUUGUUAUUAUCAAGUUACAUUGAAAAUCUA